AUGGAAACUAUUCCUUAUGCAUCUAUUGUUGGAAGCUUAUUGUAUGCACAGACUUGCACUAAACCAGACAUCAAUUUUGUUGUGGGUACGCUAGGCAGGUAUCAAAGUAAUCCAAUAAUCGAUUAUUGGAAAGUUGUAAAGAAAGUUUUAAGGUAUCUGGAAGGAACAAAGGAUUAUAUGCUUACUUACAAGAGAUCUGAUCAUCUUGAGGUGAUUGGAUAUUCAGAUUCAGAUUUUGCCGGAUGUGUAGAUACAAGAAAAUUCACUUUUGGCUAUUUGUUCCUGUUAACUGAAGGAGCAAUUUCAUGGAAAAGUGCAAAGCAGUCUAUUAUCGCUGCAUCCACUAUGGAAGCUGAAUUUGUAGCAUGCUUUGAGGCUACAGUUCAUGGUUUAUAG